AUGAAUGAUCCUAGCCCCAAGCUUGAUUACGGCAUCUGGGACGCAAAAUACAAUCGGCCCAUCGUAGAUGGCAAGGUCACAAACCCACAUACCGGCGAGAUCGAAGAUGCAGGUCCGAUGCUCGUCGCAGGUUUACCAAGCAUUCAAGCAUCAUGGUUCAAUAUUUCUUCGACAGGGACUUGGAGAUCUGUCCAUGCGCCUAUUCACUGUCCAAUCGACGACUUGCUCUGCGCUGUAAUUUCCCACGUCAAGGACGGUCUAUAUACCAUUGAAAGCCUCAAUGCAAGCACCUAUUCCUUAACGGUGGUCUGCUCGAGCAGCCAGAGUACGGCAGACUUUCACCACACAAUAUCCACGAUGAGGGCGACCUUCGACCAGUCAAGACCUGAUGACACUGUCUAUCCGUUGCCAAAUUGA